CAGCCCUCGCUUCCUCCCGACUCUCUCAGACUACGCCUCCCGCUCCUUCUUGCAGCCACUGCCGGCGACGCAGCAAGCCGCGAGUCCGCCGGCGACGCAGCAAGCCGUGACUCCGCCGACGACGCAGCAAGCCACCACUCCACUGGCGACGCAGCCCUUCGACGUUCAGGACUUCAGCACCGUUCGUUGACGACGGGGACCGAUGGCGACGAAGAAACAGCCAAAGCACAACGUGGGAGCUCCAAAAGGAAGAAAAAACUUCAUAUCGUCCGUAUCUCCAUUGAAAGCAUGUUUUCUACAUCUCAUAUGUGGACUAGGGUUAGCUUCAGCACUAUGGGCCGCUCGCAAUAUUUACUCUGCCGAUCUCGUCUCAAAUCCGGCUCAAACGCUCCGUCUGAUUUUGGCGUCUGAGUCUCCCGUAGUGAUCCUGCUUUACAGUCUCUUUCGACAUGAUUCGGAUCGAUGCUCUUACUUCAAAGCUUUGGGACGAGGUUUAUUGGGUCUUCCAGUUGGGGCCGCUAUGAUUGCAGUGGGGGCUAUUAUUUUGGGAGCACCUGUUGGCUUUCAGUACUUAGGCAUGACCUUGUAUUGGUCCCUUGUUAUGUCAGUCUUCACUUUUGUUCCGGCAGCUACUGUUUUUGGUUCAUCAUGGACUGAUUGGCACCGUAUAUUUGCUCAAACAAAGCCAGCUAAAAACAUAGAUUAUAUGGUCUUCUUUCCUGCCCAUGGUGCCAUUAUUGGAGCAUGGUUUGGUGCUUGGCCAAUGCCCCUUGAUUGGGAAAGGCCAUGGCAGGAAUGGCCAAUCUGUGUAACUUAUGGAGCUAUGGUUGGGUACUUGGUGGGAAUGGCAGUCUCAAUGGGUUUCAUCCUCUUCCAUAACCGCCCGCAACACAUUAAAGGAGAGUAAUGCAUUUUUAUUUCUCGAGUCUUCUUGGAAGAAACACUCUUACCAUAGGCACACCUGCUUUCUAAACAAGUUUUCUUUCAUGUUCGGCGUCUCCUCUCUUUGGCAUUUUACUUUGAUGUAGUGAGUGAUCUUCCUUUUUGUAGGAGGGUACAGACUACAGAGACUAAUAGACUAUUGACUUGUGCUGUUAAAAAUAAAAAAGACCAAAAUUAAGCCUAGCUUACAGAAAUUGGCUUCUAAACUUGCAGUAAACUUCAAUCAACAAUUGUUUUCCAAUAA